GUUGCAGCGGCUGGUGAGCGACUCGCUUUCCUGCGGUGAGGCGGCGACGGUGGUCCGCGUCUUCUCUUCCUGCCGUGGGACCAGAUACCCUAAGGGUGUCCAGCUGCGCUUAAGUCUGGCCGGUGCCACCUGUCUACGCAAUGCCCCCCAAGAAACAGGCUCAGGCCGGGGGCAGCAAAAAGGCCGAGCAGAAAAAGAAGGAGAAGAUUAUCGAAGACAAAACUUUUGGUUUAAAGAAUAAGAAAGGAGCAAAGCAACAGAAAUUUAUCAAGGCUGUCACCCAUCAAGUUAAAUUUGGUCAACAAAAUCCACGUCAGGUAGCACAAAGUGAAGCUGAAAAGAAAUUGAAGAAAGAUGACAAGAAGAAAGAAUUGCAGGAGCUAAAUGAGCUGUUUAAACCUGUAGUUGCUGCUCAAAAAAUAAGUAAAGGUGCAGAUCCCAAGUCUGUGGUGUGUGCAUUCUUCAAGCAAGGACAGUGUACAAAAGGAGAUAAGUGUAAGUUCUCUCAUGAUUUGACUCUGGAAAGAAAGUGUGAAAAGCGAAGUGUUUACAUUGAUGCGAGAGAUGAAGAACUUGAAAAAGAUACUAUGGAUAAUUGGGAUGAGAAAAAACUGGAAGAAGUAGUGAACAAGAAGCACGGUGAGGCGGAAAAGAAAAAACCAAAAACUCAAAUAGUGUGCAAGCAUUUCCUUGAAGCUAUUGAAAACAACAAAUAUGGCUGGUUUUGGGUAUGCCCUGGAGGGGGUGAUAAUUGUAUGUAUCGUCAUGCCCUUCCUCCUGGAUUUGUAUUGAAAAAAGAUAAAAAGAAAGAAGAGAAAGAGGAUGAAAUUUCAUUAGAAGAUCUAAUUGAAAGAGAGCGUUCUGCCCUAGGUCCAAAUGUUACCAAAAUCACCCUAGAAUCUUUCCUUGCAUGGAAGAAAAGGAAAAGACAAGAAAAGAUUGAUAAGCUUGAGCAAGAUAUGGAAAGAAGGAAAGCAGACUUCAAAGCAGGAAAAGCAUUAGUGAUCAGUGGUCGUGAGGUGUUUGAAUUUCGUCCUGAACUGGUUGAUGAUGACGAUGAGGAAGCAGAUGAUACCCGUUACACCCAGGGAAUAGGUGGUGAUGAGGUUGAUGAUUCAGUGAGCGUAAAUGACAUAGAUUUAAGCCUGUACAUCCCAAGAGAUGUAGAUGAGACAGGUAUUACUGUAGCCAGUCUUGAAAGAUUCAGCACAUAUACUUCAGAAAAAGAUGAAAACAAAUUAAGUGAAGCUUCUGGAGGUAUGGCUGAAAAUGGUGAAAGAAGUGAUUUGGAAGAGGACAAUGAAGGGGAGGGACAGGAAAAUGGAGCCAUUGAUGCUGUUCCUGUUGAUGAAAAUCUUUUUACUGGGGAAGAUUUGGAUGAACUAGAAGAAGAAUUAAACACACUUGAUUUAGAAGAAUGACACCAAACAAGUCAACGAAAAAAUUAAGCCAGCUCAGCAUGAGCUGAAUUUGACUACAUUAUUUUUUUUUCACCUAGAAUUCUUCAACAGGAUGUUUAUUUCCCGUGCUGAUUCUGGAGAGCUUACUCUCCUCCAAAAAAGGAAUAUUCUCCCUACAUCUUGUCUUCUGAUUUUGGCUACGUCUCAUAGUAAGUUCAGAGUAGUUCACGAUAAACUGAAAAUAUAAUGGUCAUUGCAGAAAAUGAUUGAUUGUUGUAUCUGUCCACUCAAGUAGAAAGUGUAACUGCUUUUCCAGCUUUUGAUUUUUAUUGGGCAUGUGUUAUUACAAGGACAACAUAAAUUUAAACUUAAAAUACCCUUCAUUAAUGCAGUUUUUAUCUCAUUUCUUUUAUACGUUUGAAAGACCGCCUGCAUAUGAGCUCUGUACUUCAUAAAGGAAACUGCAUAUGCAGAUUCAGUAUUGUAUAUCUCUGGACAGUUUAGGUGGACAUUUAAAACGAAUUCUUAAACCUGACAGGAUCAGCUACAAUGCCCUGUGUUACACUGUUUUAAACGUUUCCCUCUUCUUUUUUGCCAAUAAAGUUGUAAAUAAAGACCAUCAUACAUUAAAAUCCAAAUAUGGGCCUUUUUUUUUUCCUAUGAAAGUUUCUUAGUAUAUCUAGCCUGAAGAUUUUAACUAAAUAUCUAUCAUAAUUAACUGUCAGAGAAGGCACCAACAUUUAAAGGGCUCUCUUAAUACUGACUGCAGAACUAUGUAGACAGUAGUACUCUGAGUUAACUAACACUGCUUCUAAGCCUGGAAGAAAGACAAUUAAUGAUGUUAUACGAAAGGGUAAUUCUUGAAUUGAUAAAUCAUCAACCUAGUUAAAUACCACCUACAAGUUGAACUAAAUACUACUUAAGCUUCAUUGUAGAGGUCCAUAGUAUUAUAAUAGUACUUACUCAAGUUUGAUUACUCUGUGUGCAAGUGUAAACAAAUCCACCAGAAAACUGGACUGAGACCCUUUGACAUUGAGAUCCCAUGAAAAAUUAAAGUGAUACACUUAAAAUGGGCAUAAUUUGCUAGUGACAUACUUAGUUAGGCCUUUUUUAUCCCUUUUCUGUUAAGUGUAUUUUCAAAUAUUAUUAAGUGCUUCUUUUGUUUGCAAUAUAAAUGGAUUUUAUCAUAUUUCAGUAGUAGCACUGAAAUGUCAGAUGAACUGGACCCUAAUCUCAUUUCUGCCUCAGAUUAAGUUAUGUGAUUUUUAAAUCUCUGAAUCUUAGUUUCUUCAUAUGCAUAUAAAAGUUGAAGUGCUUCUGAAUUGUAAAACCUAAGAAAACAUGAUUGUAAAUCAUGUCAAAUGGUAACUUAAAAGUUGGUAAAGAAAUUGACUUCCUGGCUGUUCAGUACUAGUACUGUAAUUGACAUUUUUUAAAUUGAGAACAUCAUGAGGCAAGUUUUUUCACCACCUAUGAUGAAAGUAUACUUAAAUAGUCUGUAUAU